GAUCGAACUUGGUACCGUGUCGAUAGUAUCGACAUUGGACAGUCAAGUGUUAAGGUUAAAGACUCAGGAUGUAACAGCAUAUUUGUUUUUCCCCACGUGUGUUUGAAUUUGGAUUUGUCAAAUAACUAGUAUAUGUUAUAUUGCGGUUUAAAGUGUUUUGAAUAAUAUCCAUUGUUAUAAAAAUGGGCCCUGUCGCCAAUGCUCACUUGGACUGGCGAAAGCUGCGGGAGCAGAAGAAGAAAAAGAAACGCGAAGACGUCGAAAAGUAUCUUCUUGCGAUGAGGAAACCGGAAAACGGCGAGGCGAUAGCAGAAAAUGAAGAAGUAGUACGGCCGAAGACCAAGAAUCGACUCAGCAUCGCAGUAGCCGGCUCCAUCCUGGACAACGCACAGACACAGGAAUUGCAGACAUACCUUGUCGGGCAGAUCGCCAGGGCAGCGACUAUCUUCAAAGUCGAUGAGGUCAUUGUUUAUGAUGAUACUGGAAGCACGAUGCAGGAAGAGGGCGAAUCGUCACAAACGUGGUAUAAUUGCGGAGUUUUUGCUCAAAUUCUCCAGUACCUUGAGUGCCCACAAUAUUUGAGGAAGCAUUUUUUUCCGAUGACUGAAGAACUGCGAUAUGCAGGAUUGCUGAAUCCACUCGAUGCCCCUCACCACCUGCGACUCAACCAAGAAUCUUUUUAUAGGGAAGGUGUUGUUCUCCAAGAGACGGACAAAAGUGGGAAACAUUCAUAUGCAAAUAUUGGAUUACACAGUAAAGUCAAAUUGGACAGGCUUCUUCAGCCAGGUUUGAGGGUGACUGUGAAGCUUCCUACAAAAUCUGAAGAGACCAGUAAAUGCACUGGUAUUGCAGUGCCACCCACACAACCGAAGGAUGACCUGGGGCUUUAUUGGGGUUAUGAGGUGAGACUGGCAAAAAGCCUAGGUAAGGUUUUCACCGACUGCAAGCACAAGAAAGGCUACAACUUAGUAAUUGGCACUUCCGAUAAAGGUUGUCCGCUGGAUGAAGUCGAAUUUAAGAAGAAAAAGAAAAUACGUGCGCUUAUUGUGUUUGGUGGAUUGAAGGGACUUGAAUUUGCGCUCGAACAAGAUAAAAGUCUGGAAGUGGAUGAUGUAAAGCUUCUAUUUGACCAUUAUGUGAACACGUGCCCAAACCAGGGCUCCCGAACUAUCAGAACUGAGGAAGCACUUCUUAUAUCUCUUGCUGUAAUAACCGAUAAAAUGAAAUUUUGACACUUUUAAGUCUUUAGGUAUAAAUGUGUAAAUAUAUUAUAUUUUUAUUGAUUUUAAA